UAAUAAAAUUAUGAAAAAAAAGAGUAAAACUCAGUUUCAUCUUUUUCUUGAAUCUUUUUCUAAUUGAUCCUUCUCCAGAUCUUCUUGAUUCUUUCUAAUGAAAAUCUCUCAAGAAUCAGAAAUGGCGGAUGAUAAUACAGUACAAAACUCAUGCGGUAAUCUUGACAGUACUAUUUCCGAUGUACUUCUUCGAGAAAUAAUCAAUUAUUUACACCCAAAAUCAGUCAUUCGUUUCAAAUCUGUCUCCAGAAACUGGAAUUCAAUCAUCUCCGAACCAAACUUCAUUCCUUCCUACAUUUCCCGGAAUUCAAUCCCAUCAUGGUUCAUUUUUGAACGAACCCUAAAUACAUCGUCAAAUGCCCGAUUUCCGAUCGAGUUAGUCUUCCAAAAACCCCUAAAUCUUUCUACACUUACUAUUGAUUUCCAUAAGUUGGCUCCGUAUCCCCUUUUGGAUAACCCCACACUGAUAGACUCUAGUGAUGGGUUAUUACUUGUUGGCUCAGAAAUAUCAAGCAUGUCGCAAUGGCGCAGGGCAUCUGAAUACCAUUUCUUUGUAAUCAAUGCUGUAAAUAAUGAGUGGGUCGCACUUCCAAAACCUCCCGUAUUAAUUCUCAAUCAUUUCUGUCUUGGAUUAAUCACCCAAAUUGAUAGAAAUAAUAGGGUUUUUAAAAAGUUUAUGGUUGUGGAUUAUCUACUACUUACUAUCGCUGAUAGAUUUAUUACAUUGAUCUGUUUUUCGUCGGAAACAGCGCAAUGGGAAUAUAGAUUGACUAACUACAGGCUUGGAAAUCAUAUUUGGGGAUUGUCAGGUGGAGGAAAAUUUGAGUUUGAUGGGAAAUUGAUUUGGUUUGAUUUAAGUGUUGGGUUGAUGAUAUGGGAUGAUCCAUUCAGUACUGAAUAUGUGAUUAAAAGCCGUUUAAUCAGGCUUCCAUUAGAACAUGUCAGAUUCAAUGAACAAACAAGAUUGGAUGAUGAACGGCGUAUCGACAAUGGUGGUGGACAUAUUCAGUAUUUACACGUUAAUAAGCUUUCAAUUGUAAGUCUAUGGAGGUUGGAUAAUUUAGAACAAGAAAAUUGGAACUGUCUGUAUACUUGGGAUUUAAGGCAGCUAUAUCCCCAUUUUGGGAAAGUAAGGCCUGUUUUAAUCCAUCCUUUUGAAGAUCUUGUUGCCAUUUUUAGAAUGGAAGACACCAUGUUUUCUCUGGAUUUAAAAACAGCAAAACUCAAGAAUAGUUCUCCAAUCCUUUCACAUAUAAACAUGCUUUUUGUUUCGGUUUUGCUCCCGAGUUGGCCGACGUUCUUUACUCCAAACAUUCAUGCAAGAUUCUUGGAAGAACAUGGUAAUCAAUAUUUUAGUGAAAGGAAAUAUGAAGAAGCAAUAGAUUUCUAUACACAAAGCAUUGAGUACACAGAAAACAUGCAAGUGUAUAUGUUGAGGGGUAAAACAUAUAACAAACUCCAUAAAAGCCAUGAAGCAAACAAAGAUUUUUUGAAGGUCUUAGAGAUUGAUAGUUAUUUCUACAAAGAAUAUCGGAAGCAAGAGGUAAUAAAUAAUGAUAUACUCUCUUAUAAGUCAAGUAGACUCAACAAUCAACAUUUGUCUUCGUCCUGCUGAGUCUCUACUAUAUUGCUAAUAAGGUUGCUUAAUUCUACUAUAGUACUCUCCAAAACUCCUUGUUCAAUACUCCCUCCUUUUUAUCUUAAGUGUCUUAUUUACUUUAUGCACUCUAU